UCCAGGUUAAUGAAGAUGGGUUAAUGGGAAAAUACUGUGAAGGAAGCAUCGGUUUUCGAUCAGCAGCAGCUGGGGGAAAUAAUAGCAAUGAAAAAGAGAAUGAUGUUGUAGGGAGUGUGACUGGUGUUAUCCAACAGAGUUUUGGUGGUAUAAAGUGGGGAGUGUGUAUACCAGACGCUUGUGUUGCCAGAGAUCUGACUAAUCAUACUGAUACUGUUCUUAGUGACAUGUUGGGCUCAGUAUCAGCUCUCUUUGAAGCAUAUUCAACCUUUAGAGAUUCCAACUGUUUUACUAGAGAUAAAUCAGUGAGCUUUGACUGGGUUGACAUAAUGUACACUGUAAUCAUAUCUAGUAUUGGCAGCAUUGUCUUACUUAGCACAAUAAGGGAUCUGUGGAAGAGGUAUGGAUACUUUGUACUUGGAAUAGAGAUGCCUAAAGUAAACUGGACUUCAACUUCUACAGCAGAUAAUAUCGUGGCAGCUUUUUCACUCAGCAGAAAUGGAUCAAAGUUGUUAGACAGCAAUGAAUCUCCGAACUGUAUCCGGUGCAUACAUGGGAUGAGGUUUAUCAGCAUGACCUGGGUCAUAUUCGGACAUGGAGCAAUGUUUAUACUGAUUGAUAACACUGUUAAAAAUACUAUGAUAGAAAAAAUAACAGAGAAUAUUGAAUAUCAAGUUAUGCUCAAUGCCUACAUGGCUGUGGAUACAUUUUUCUUUUUGAGUGGGUUCUUACUUUGCUAUCUCCUUCUUAAAGAGUUAGAAAGGAACUCUCGUCAUGGGCUUAUACUAUUCAAUACUUAUCUUCAUAGAUAUUUGAGGUUAACUCCGGCUUAUCUAGCUGUUAUAGGAUUUUUGGCAACCCUUAGGAAUAAGAUGUUUAUUUAUCCUCCCAAUACUGAUUCCGGGGCAUCAGAAGCUUGCAGAGAUCAGUGGUGGAAAAUGAUUCUCUAUAUCCACACUUUGUUUGACGGAGACACAACAAAUACUAUUCCUAAAGACUCUUCAAUGUGCAUGGCACAGUCUUGGUAUUUGUCUGUAGACAUGCAAAUGUUUUUAAUUGGACCACCUCUCAUUCUUUGCAUGUUCUACUUGAAGAAGAGAAAAACAUACCUUUUCUACUCUGCCGCCAUGUUUAUUACAUUGAUCUUUACUCUUAUACCUGGAAUCAUAACUUGGAUUUAUGACUUUGCUCCGACUGAUGUCCUCCAGGGUGAUAAACCCGGAGUGCGGGAUGCUGACCAGCAGCAUAAUCUGAUAUACAAGAAACCUUGGAGCCGAGCAGUUCCUUUUAUUAUUGGGAUCUGGCUGGGAUUCUGGUUUAAUCAUAGAAAAGGUGUUAUGCCCAAGAUGAACCAUCUGUUCGUCGUUAUCGGCUGGAUAGUUGCAAUCUCGUCAGGGAUUCUCAUCGAGUACGGCAUGUUUCCAUACAACAAGUUUGAAGCACCAACAUUUUCAACACUAACAGCCGUCGUGUACGCAACCUUGCAUAGACCUGCCUGGUCCCUUUGCUUAUGUUGGGUGAUAGUAACAUGUCAUGCUGGUUAUGGGGGGCCAAUUAAUAACUUCUUAAGCUGGCCAGCAUUCGUUCCACUUUCCAGGUUGACAUACUCUGCAUACUUGGUUCAUUAUAUUGUUAUAGAUCUGUUCUGGUAUUCAACAAGACCAAUGUAUAAGGAUGAGCUAAUGUUGUCCUGGGUAUUCCUGAGUAAUGUUGUUGUAUCUCUAGCCUUUGCAGUAUUUCUAGCACUCUUAGUUGAGAUCCCUGUAAUCAACUUGGAUAAAAUACUCAUUAAAACUCUAUCCGGGGAUUCUAGACGUAACAAGGAGAAAAUUAAAACUGAAGUAGGAAAUGAGAAAAAUGAAAAAAUAACUGACAAGGAGAUAUGCUGAUAAUAUCAAAUAUAUGUAAAAUCACAGACAAGGAGAUAUGCUGAUAAUAUCAAAUAUAUGUAAAAUCACAGACAAGGAGAUAUGUAAAAGA